UCUUAGUUUGUUGGGACAAUGGACUCGAUGGGGAGACAUUUGUGGUGUCUUUUUGUGUUUGUUUCGUUGAUACCUUUCAACUUUGGCAGUUUAUCUGCAAACUUUUAUGAGAGCUCAUGUCCUAAGCUACUCUCCACCGUCCGACGUGAAGUCGUGAAAGCAGUGGCCAAAGAGUAUCGAAUGGGGGCUUCGUUGCUUCGUCUUCAUUUUCACGACUGCUUUGUUAAUGGAUGUGAUGCGUCGGUGCUGCUAGACGACACGUCGAACUUCACCGGAGAAAAGACAGCAAUCCCAAAUAAAGAUUCAUUGAGAGGGUUUGAAGUGAUCGACGGGAUAAAAACGCUGGUGGAGGAGAGCUGCCCUUCAGUGGUUUCAUGUGCUGAUAUUCUGUCCAUUGCAGCCAGGGACUCAGUGGUUGCUCUCGGUGGGCCGUCGUGGGUGGUGGCGCUCGGGAGGAGAGACGCCACCACCGCCAGCUUCGACCGCGCAAACAAUGACCUUCCUUCUCCCUUCCUCGACCUCCCUGAUCUCGUCUCCGCCUUCUCCAACAAAGGCUUCGAUACCAAAGAAUUAGUCGCUCUUUCAGGAUCGCAUACAAUAGGGCAAGCAAGGUGCUCGAUGUUCCGAGUAAGGGCUCAUAACGAAACGACUAUUGAUUCGGAGUUCGCAGCUUCUUUAAGAUCAAACUGCCCUUUCUCCGGCGACGACGACAAGCUUUCGUCUUUAGACGUCCGCACGCCUUCCUCCUUCGACACGGCUUAUUUCAAGAAUUUGAUACAAAACAAAGGUCUUCUUCAUUCCGAUCAAGCCCUCUUCAACAAUGGCUCCGCCGAUUCUCAUGUCACCUCUUACUCCUCUAACCCCUCUGCUUUCUUCUCCGACUUCGCCGCCGCCAUGGUUAAGAUGUCUAAUCUCAGCCCGCUCACUGGAACCGACGGCGAGAUUCGUUCCGACUGCCGGAAGAUCAAUGCCUGAAUUGAAUCAACAACAGUAACACACAAAGGCUUUAACUGAAUUACCUAUAUAUGCUGCUUUUAAUGAGUGGCGACCAACGGAAAAAACUACUUUUUAGGUUUGUUUGUUACUCCAAUAAUUUGGUUAUCGAGUAAUCUUUGUUCUGUUUUUUUU